GUGUCCUCCUUCCUCAGCAGCAGCAGCAGCAGUGCAGUAGGGGGAGUCGUGAGUGAAUGGCUGAAUGAGUGCGUGACUGAGCGACCAAGUGAGUGAGUGAAGGAGUGAGUGACCAACUGACUGAUUGAGUGACCGAGUGACUGACCAACUGAAUAAACAAUCCAACAAGUGACCGACCAAGAAAGUGACCGAGUGAGUGACCAACCAGCUGAGCGAGUGACUGAAAAGUACAAAAGCCUGAAUCAGGAGCGGCUGACAGUUUCCUUCUCCUCUGACAUCAUGGAGUUGUCUCUGGCUCAUCCGGUAAUUAAAGCCUUUGUGUGUGGUUCUCUGAGCGGAACCUGCUCCACUCUACUCUUCCAGCCACUUGAUCUGGUGAAGACCCGUCUACAGACAGUACAGAACAGUGUACAGCCUGGUUCAGGAAGGGUUGGCAUGGUAACCGUCUUCCUCACUGUUGUGAGGACAGAGAAGCUCCUAGGACUUUGGAAAGGAGUCUCACCUUCGUUUGUGCGGUGUAUCCCCGGUGUGGGAAUCUACUUCAGCACCUACUACAGUGUGAAGCAGCGGUUCUUCAGUGACAGAAUGCCACGUCCUGUGGAGUCCGUGCUGCUCGGUGCUGGGGCCCGGUGUGUCGCGGGGGUCUGCAUGCUGCCGGUCACCGUCAUCAAGACACGCUUCGAGAGCGGGCGUUAUAACUACAGCAGUGUAGUAGGAGCUCUGCGCAGUGUGUGUCAGAAAGAGGGGCCGAGAGCGCUGUUCUCCGGUCUCACCGCCACUCUCCUCCGCGAUGCUCCUUUCUCCGGCAUCUACGUCAUGUUCUACACCCAGGCCAAGCACGCGCUGCCUCGCGAGAUAAGGGAGUCUGCGUACUCUCCGCUGGCUACCUUCAGCUGUGGCGUUGGGGCUGGUGUUUUGGCCUCCCUGGUCACGCAGCCCGCUGACGUGGUGAAGACUCACAUGCAGGUGAAUCCUCAGCGCUUCAGGAGGAGCCCAGACGUUCUCACCUACAUCUACAAGGAGCAUGGCUUGGCUGGGUUUUUCCGUGGUGGCGUGCCUCGGUGUCUCCGCAGGACGAUGAUGGCGGCGAUGGCGUGGAUGGUGUACGAGCAGCUCAUGGCUCGAAUGGGUCUCAAAUCCUGAGAGAGAGUCCAAAAUGGAGAAACUACCAGAUGAAAGACGAAUGGAGGAUUAAAGCAAAAGGAUGAAACGGAGAAGAGAAAAGAUGGAGACUGAAAUGCCAAAGAAUGAAAGAAUUUGCUCGGGUUUCAGAGUCUGAGAGUAUAAUGCUUUUGCUUCAGAAACAAACGGAUACCGAGGCGGUGUGGAUAAUUCAUGAGGUGGAAGAAAGGCCUUUUUGAUUUAGUUUUUGUACCUUUAUCGUUUACAUAAAGGUCCAGCAAAAAGAUCUGAGGAAUGAUUGAAAGCUCUUUGGCAGAGCGCCAUCCAUGAGCCCUAACACACUUAUUAUGACCUGUAUAACGCUUGCAUGAGCACAGGUACAUGUGUCCACGUAUGCGUAACUGCACUUUAUGAAGAAACAGUCUAAAGCUUCUGGUUUAUACAAGUUUAUUGACCUGGUGUGUAAAACUCCAAGCUGUUGAUGGCACGGUAACGUUACAGCAGCUAUAAAGAGUCACCAGGCACUCGGCAAACUGGAGCUGUGUAGUCUCCACUUCAUGUACAUGGACGAAAUCGUGUGCUGGUCUUCUGUGUUCGAGUGAGACUUUCAUAAAAUUAAUGACUUUUAUUUAUAUUUACUUUUAUUUUAGUUUAGUAAUUAAUAUAUUGAUACAUACAUGCAUGUUUAAUACAUUAUAUACUGUAUGUGUGCAGUUUACAACUUGCUAAUAAAAUAAACAAAUUUA